AUGCCAAGAAUGGAUGCACAAAGUCUACUGGCGGUGAUCCUUGUGCUGGCAUCAACAGUGACAGACAUCCACACCAAGACAGUGAUAUUCUUCCCUCCCCCACAUACCAGUUACAUCGUCUACCACACAAAUGUGGCUGGAGCUCUGGCCAGCCUGGGCCAUGACGUGUGGCUGUGUGUGCCAGAGGCUCAACUGAUUAAAAACCGGGUCAAGGAUAAGACUGUCAACGUUUUGUCCUACGGGAAGGAUUUGGGAGACAUUGAGAAACAGGUCUACGAAAGCACUAGGAUUGUGGAAAAGUUCUGGGAGAGGCAACCAAACCAGGGUUUUUAUGCCAUGUAUCCCGUCUCUCGGAUACUGCUGAAAAUGGUAAAUUUUCUUCUUGCUGACAAAACGUUUCUAGACAAAGUGAGGAAUUUGAAGCCGGAUCUGAUUGUCCUGGAGUCUGUCCCCUUCAACAUGAACAUGGUGGUACUGCCCUACAUGCUGGACAUCCCUUUUGCAUUUAUUGGAACGGCCCAUGAAGCGAUCAUGUCAAAGGUCCCAUUUAGUCCUGCAGUCACACCAUAUUUCAUUGACUUUAUCAGUGAUCGGAUGACAUUCUUUCAGAGAGUUUACUUUACACUCUAUUACCUGGUAUCUAUGAAUUUUGACAUAUGCCACGACAGCAGCCUAGUGUCCAAGUUUGCUCCACAUAAACCCUACAAGUCCAUCUAUGAUAUUGCGGCCAAUGCUGAGAUUUUCAUUGCAGAAGUUGACCACAUACUGGACUACCCACGGACAAUGCUGCCCAACACUAAACUGAUUGGUGGAUCUUCUGCUUCUCCUGCAAAACCAUUGGUUGGGGAGUUCCAGAAGUUUGUGGAUGAAGCCACGUCCGGCAUCAUCGUCAUGUCUUUUGGUGGAUCUGUAGUUAACUUGCCUCCUGAAAUCUCUAGCAAAAUCGUUUCAGCUUUCAAACAAUUGGAUCUUAGAGUUGUAUGGAAGAUAAACAUAACCUCACCUGACCCCAAACAAAUCAUGACCUCCUUGUGGAUCCCCCAGAAUGAUCUUCUGGGACACCAGAAAGCCAAACUGUUUGUGUCCCACUGUGGCAAGAAUGGACAGUAUGAGGCCCUCUACCAUGGGGUGCCCAUUCUCUGUCUGCCCAUAUAUGGAGAUCAAGGCUACAACUCAGAAAGAGUCCGCGUCAAACAGCUGGGACUCUAUGCUGACAUGCGUGACGACAGCGCAGACGACCUUGCAGCCAUGAUGAAAGAAAUCAUCUAUGGGGGAAAAUUCACAGAAAACAUGAAAAAAGCUUCUAAACUUUACAGGGAGUUGUACAAAGUUCCCAAACAUGAAGCCGCAUACUGGCUGGACCAUGUGAUUAAAUAUGGUGGAGACUACAUGAGGUCACCGGGUCAACAGAUGCCCUGGUAUCAGCUCCUAGUGUUAGAUGUGAUUGCCUUUCUUGUCCUUGUCCUUGUUGUCAUCUUGUUGACAUUUUAUGCCCUUAUCAAGAUUUGCUAUAGGUUGUACAAGGGAACUCCCAGGAAAGUCAAAACAAAACGUAAUUAA